AUGAAACGUAAUCUCAUUUAUCACGAGAAGAGACACAGAGGUCUACCUUUGGGCAGAGGCUGUCAUUGGCCUGACUGUGAGUACAGGUCUACCAAUGGAUUCGCACUUAAGAGACAUGUCUUAAACACUCAUCAGAAUGGGUCUGAAGUCGUGUCCAAACAUCUGCGGACAAGUGGUGUCCUUAAGAGUGAAGUGUUGAGUGAUUGCGAAGACUAUGGAAGAGAUGGACACGAGUUGAGUGCCGAAAAUGAAGACACGAUUGAAGGGCAGGGCUCGAGAGGAAGGGGUGAUUACAUGACGGAAACGAUUGCCAGGAAAAGGGGUCGCAAACCAAUGGGAGGGACCUAUGCGUGCGAUUGGGAGGGCUGUGACAAGCGGUAUAAGUAUCCCAAAGAUCUGGAGCGACACCAACGCAGACAUACCGGCGACACAUACCGGUGCGACUUCGAGGGCUGUGCCGCAGAGUUCGUUAGACCCGAUCAGCUCCGCAAUCAUCAGAUGAAUAAAAGUCACUUAAAGGGUAGAAGUGUUUACAAUGAAUAUGCCGUUCAAAGAGGUCUCAGAGAUAGUGAACCCGAAGAAUGUAAGACCAGUUUGAGUGAUAAUCUUAAGAGCGACGAAAACGAUGGUAAAGACGGCGAGAGUUUGGAUACUAACGAAGCAAAUGAUAUGAAAACGAGUGGCAAAAGAAGACACGAUAUAAUUGAGUCGAUAGACAGCGAAUCGGAUGAGGAAUACAGUUGUGGUGCGAGUGAUGAGGAAAUGAGUGAUAAUUGGGUGGAAAGUCGGAAACGGAUCAAAAAGAGUCGUAAAUUAAGACCAAUUGAUGGCAAAUAUGUGUGCGAUUAUGAGAACUGUGGAAAGGCAUACAACUCUGCGCGUAGUCUUAGGGAACACUGGAUGUAUCAUUCGGGACAACGAUUUUUCUGCGAUUACGACAACUGUUGCAAACAUUACUCCGAUUCAAGUUCACUGCGAAAACAUAUGGUUAGAGGCAAUCACGUGUUGGGACAGCCGUUCAUGUGUUAUGUCACUGAUUGCCAGUUUGAGACGACAUCUAAACAGGAAUUAGAGGAACACAUAUCGACUCAUCCAUACGAUGAGCGCAUCCGUAAAAAAGACAAUCAAAGUCACAGUAUUAAUAGCAGUAAAUCUGAGGGACAGUAUGUUUGCGAAGUGGAGGGUUGCGGUAAAAGCUUUAAUUACCAAAAAACAUUUCAAGAGCACCGGAUGUCUCAUUCUGGACAUCGAUUUUACUGCAAUUACGAGAACUGUUGCAAACAUUUUGGUUAUUCGCGUUCAUUAAAUAAGCACAAGGAGUCCGGUAAUCACGUGUUGGGACAGCCGUUCGCUUGUUGUGUCACUGACUGCCCCUUUGAGACCGCAUCCAAACCAGCAUUAGAGGCACACAUAUGCAGUCAUCCAUACGACGAGCGCUUCAAAUUUAGAGAUCCAUUGCCCGCCAAACAAGUGUACAGGAAGUCAUUGGAGGGACAGUAUGUGUGCGAAGUCGAGGAAUGCCUGAAAGUCUAUUACGAUUUGAGAUCGUUUCGAGAGCACCGGAUGUGUCAUACGGGGCAACGAUUUUACUGCGAUUACGACAACUGUUGCAAACAUUUCGCGUAUUCGAGUUCAUUGCAUAAGCACCUGAAAGCCGGUAAUCACGUGUUGGGAAAGCCGUUCGCCUGUUGUGUCACUGACUGUCCGUUUGACACGACAUCCAAAGAGGAGUUAGAGGAACACAUAAACAGUCAUCCAUAUGAGGAACGGUUCUUACUUAAAGAGAGGACAGUAUCUGAUGGACAGUUCGUUUGCGAUUGGAUCGGAUGCGGGAAGGCGUUCGGGAACGCCAAGUGUCUCCGACAGCAUAAGCAAAAGCAUUCGAGAGGAACGGGAGGAACGGGAGGCAGUGAUACUGAUGUGAACAGUGGCGAUGAGGGAGUGGCCGAUAAAUCAACGCCUAUGUCGAUCACCAGGGGUUCAAUUGGCGACCAAAAUGGCGCGAAAUUCUUGAAAAUCAACGGCCGAUGGGUUUGCGAUUUCGACGUUUGCGGUAAAAUCUGUGGCAAAACUUUCGACAAAAACGGUCGCCUCCGAGAGCAUCGGAUGUCUCAUUUGGGCGAAAGAUAUUUCUGCGAUUACGACGAGUGUUGUCGACAUUUCGCGCGAUUCGACGGCUGGAAAGAGCACCGCAGGAACGGCCCGCACGUGACGGGACAGCCGUACGAGUGUUUUGUGAAUCGAUGCGAGUUUAAGACGAUAUCCAAAGAGGAGUUAAAGGAACACAUACUCAGCCAUACCUACGAUGAACGGCUGCAUCCGAAGGGGUCGACAGUAGUUCCGCGAAAAUUCUACCGCACCGGGAGUGGGAAGUAUGCGUGUGAUUACGACAAUUGUGGCAAAAGCUAUCGCGACAGCAAAUCGCUGAAAGACCACCGAAUGGCUCAACACUUGAGGAAACGAUUUUUCUGCGAACGCGACGACUGUUGCAAACACUUCUCGACCCUCAGGACUAUGAAGACUCACAUGAGGACCGGCACCCAUACGAUGGGACAGUCGUUUGAGUGCAUUAUCAUUGGCUGCGACUUCAUGUCCGCGUCUAAAGAGGCUUUAGAGCAGCACAUCAGCGGUCAUUCGGACACCGAUUAUCUGAAUCGCAAAAAACGUGAUUAUUUGAAGACAUCGGGCGGACAGUAUGUGUGCGAAGGCCAGGGAUGCGAUCAGGCGUUCACCAGUCGACACGAGUACUUACAGCACAGACUCACCCAUUUGAAGGACGAGGUGUUCACGUGCGAGAUCGGCACCUGUAGCCACACGUUCAGGAACCACACGCUGAUGAGUGCCCAUCAAUUGAGACGACAUCCCGACGCCUUCCCGGAGCUGCCGUGGCUCGAGUGCCCGCAAAUGGGCUGUCAGUUUGGCACCAAACAGGCCAGUUAUAUGGAGACGCACCGGAAGCUACACCUCAAGAAACACGUGUGCAGUGUAUGCGGGAAAGGGUUCGGCCGACCGGACGUCCUGUUAAAGCACAUGACAUCACACGAUCAGUCGCUGAAAAUCCGGUGCGAAUGGUAUGGCUGUGAGGAGACGUUUGGCAGUAAGUACGACAUGAAGUGUCACAUGAAUACUCAUACCGGAGCCGUAGUCUACCGGUGCCAAUGGCCGGGUUGCGACGAGACAUUCGCGACCAUAAAACGGUUGGCAAAGCACGAGACGAGGCGUCAUAAGACCGUUAAGAACUACCGGUGCCAGUGGCCCGGCUGCGAGGAGUCCUAUUUUAAUCAAAGGGGACUAUUGAUGCACCAAAGGGGCCAUAAGGGUCUGAAGGACUACCGGUGCCAUUGGCCUCAGUGCGAGUUUAGCACCGAUAAUAAAGUUGUUUUUGAUAACCAUAUUAAGAAACAUACGGGUGAUCCGUGA